CCUUUUCGAUCCUCAAAUCCAAAUCCAAACAAAGGCUAACAGUGAAAUUGCUUCUUCAAAUGUGUGAGAGGUGCGGUGAACUCAUAAGGUGUGGUGCUUGUCCGUGGCCGCCCCUUCUCUUCCCAAUCCCUACUUCUCCAUUUUCACCCUCUCUUCUUCAAACCCAAACCACUCAUCUGGUUCACGCGCCCAACCGCUUCGCCCUUCCUCCUCGCUGCCGUCGGCCAGGCGAACCGGACUGCCUCCCUCAAACCACCGCCCCCAAGGUCCUCCCCGGAGACCAGAGGUUAUUUGGCACCAGAGUAUGCAACAAGGGGGCAGCUUACACGUAAAGCAGAUGUUUACAGCUUUGGUGUCCUCCUUGUCGAGAUAGUUAGUGGAAGAUGUCACGCAAAUACACGAUUAGCAAUAGGAGAGCAAUUUCUUCUAGAAACGACAGAGAAGCAUGUUACUAGGUGACUCCGGGAAAACAUCCUUUUGAUACUGGACUGAUGGAAAUACAAUCAUGCGGAUAAUCUACACUUUUUUUUGGGUUAUAAAGCUCCAGUGAUCUGUUCUUAUUCUUUUUUUAUUUUACUCAACUUUUUCUACUCAAGUUUUCCUCUUAUUAUCUGUUUAUCGUACUCUAGACUCGUAUUUAGUGGAAGUUUGUCCAUAUCUUAAUAUUCGUUGUUCAUUUUAUAUUUCUUGUAUUAGCAGUAAUAGCAUUCAAUUUUUAAUUUUUUAUAUUCAUUGUUAGGCAUGUUAAGUGCAUUCAUAUGUUAUAGAUAGCAACACUGAUGGGUUGAAGUAGUGAUAAGGCACCUUAUGUUCACACGUUAUGAGAGUGAUCUAUUUAGCAGAAAUUCUCAUGUUUGAUUUUUGCUAUUUGUGAAAAUCCUUUGGACCAGUAACAGUUAUAGUAGUGUAAGCAAAUUAGUUUUGUUCCAGUGGGUUUGGAAAUACACGUGACAGGUCUAAAAAAAUGUUAUAGAUAGCAAAGCAUUUGCUAAAGUUUCAAAAGCUUGAACUGCAAUCUAGCAUAAAAUUUCAUAGUCACUCCUCUUGGAAGGCAACAUAACUAAUUUUCCUUUCAUUUUGAACCAUGAAACUGAGAUACAAAAAUAUAAAUCUUGCUUGUGUUAUUUGCCAAUUAGUUCAAAUGGCCACGUGUUUUUAAAUUACCUUUUUACUGUUGGUCUACUAUAAUUGUCGUAUGCUUGAACUGAUAUUUAAAUUACCUUUGGAUUGUUCAUUCUAUAGGACUGUGUUGCUUUGCUGGCAUAUGAACAGCCUUCGGAAUCCUACUAACUUCAUAACCCCUUCCCUGUGUCCAUCGGUGUGCCCUAGCCGCGCCGCUCCUACGCUCACCGACCGGUGACGGCAUGCCCUCACCGCCCGCUGUGAGUAGUUUCUGAAGAUUGGAAUUUGGAAGCACAAACAUGUCCGCUUCUGCGUCACAAACGGAAGAACAAGUUUCGACAAGAGAAACCACGAAAGCGCCAUCACUGUGUGAAGAAUGCAAAUCAAACCCAUACAAGUACACGUGCCCCGGUUGCUCCUUCCACACGUGCAGCCUCCCUUGCGUGAAAGCUCACAAAGCGAGAACUGGGUGUACCGGAAAGAGGAACCAGACUCAGUUUGUUCCUCUUUCCAAGUUCGAUGACAAUCUCCUAUUAUCUGAUUAUAAUUUGCUGGAGGAGGUGAAGAGGGUGGCUGAAUCUGCUCAUAGAAUGAGAACCAAAUUGGGCAUUUAUGCAUAUUUUAAGUUGCCUUAUCCCCUUAAAAGCUUAAGGAAUGCUGCUGGGAGCCGGAAAACCAAACUGAUGUUUCUCCCUAAUGGAAUGUCGAAAAGAGAGAAGAAUCAGUCUAGAUAUGACAGAAGGAAGAAGUUUAUAUCUUGGACAAUUCAAUGGCAUUUUCACUCAACAGAUGUUGUUUUACUAGACCAUGGAGUUGAUGAAAAUGCAAGCUUUUACUCCAUUCUAGAGAAGCACCUCAAACCUGGUCCUUGGCAUCAUCAGCUUAGGCAAUUUUGUGAAGUCCCGCCAGAUUGUCUCAAGCUUUUCAUUCGUAAAUACCCGAAGGGUCCUAGGUCACCUUUCAAAGAGUUAGACAUGAAAGCUCCAAUCAGACAGCAAUUAGCGAAUGUAGUCAUCUUGGAAUUUCCUGUUGUUUUUGUUUUCUUGCCAUCUCACAAAAUCAAUUUUGAAGUUAUUAAGGAGGUCAAUACCAGAAAACAUAAAUCACUGCAGAAGCAUAGUGAAGACAACCAAAUCCCACAAGGUGUAUCAUUUAGAGAGGAGGUGAUAGAAGAUGACAACAACUCUGCAGAUCCUCAUGUUUUCGAUGUCAUGAAGCAGGUGGAAUCAAGUUUUUCACAUCAAGUGUUUGCCCAAAAUAUGAGUUCUGAGAAAGCACCAAAUGAUUCAUCAGAUAAAUCUCUGUUUGAAGGAGACUCUGGGGAAAAUCUUUCACAUUCUUUGAUGGAAACCGGUGAACUAAAAUUCCCUGAAGAUAUGUCAUUUGACUUUGAUCCAGAGUUGAUGAAAAUCUAUGCUGAUAUUUUGGAUGAGACAAAUCCUAAUGAUUUUUUUGAUUUUGAUUGUGAAUUUGCCAAGGAAACAGAAACUCAAAUGGAUUUAAUUGAUACCAGUGAGUUAGUCCCUUUGCCAGAUGAAUUGGAGGAAGGGGAAAUUGCUGAGUAAAUGGUAGCUCUAUAAUUCAUUUCUGUUAAAGAAUUGGAGAGAAAAUGAGAGAACAUUGACAACACCAAUCAAAUUUUUAUUUUUUGAGGUUGAGGUUCAGUGCUUUCUAUAAUGAGCUUCAAGCUGAGUUUCCUGUUUUGUGGACAUGUUUGGAAAACUCAUCCUUUCCUUUAUUUUAUAUUGAGCAUGACAGAGAUUUCAGAAUUCUAGGUUUUUGGUGAUAAUUUAUCAGCAUGAGGAAUGGCUGGAAUUCCGGGCUUAGAAGCAUUAAUCACUCCCUAAAUCCUUUCUGUAAAUAUCAAGCUGCUCUACUCCCUGGGGAUUCAGACAGAGCAUAGAAACUGUGGGUUUUGGUUCCUUUUCUCAUCACUUGAGGUCAAAUUUUGGUAUUGGGUUUCACUUUUGCUUGUCAACCUUAUUUUAAGGAGGAACUGCUUUCAUACUAAAAGAUAUUUUUCCAAUGUUUGCGAUUUUGUCUUUUAACUGUUACUUCAUUUUUCUUUUUUGGUAGACACUGCCAUCUAUUGAUACCAUACAUACUUUAAUACAUUAUCAAGCCGGAUUUUAGCAUAGUAUCUAAAACAAAUGAUCCGAGAAGUGUAGUAUUUUAUUUUGCACUGUGAGAAUAUACUAAUAUAAAGUUUAAUAUGA